AUGAAGGCCGCUGAAGAGGUGCGAAGCGGAAAUGCACGUCUAGCAGCAAUAUGCGGUUAUUUGGCCAAGCCUGACACAGCACAUUCAAAAUUCAGCUCCUGGCAGACGUACUCGGAUUCAGAUAUAGUACAAGACUUUGAACACGUAGCAAGAAAACAGGUCUUCCGUGCCUACGACACCUUGAAGCGGCAUCAGCGUGAAACGUCAAGUGAAGAGGCAUGGAAUCGAGCUUCGAUCGAGCUGUGCAAAGCAUCCAGAAUGCAUGUACGCCUUUAUAUUGUCCGAACCUUCUUGGAAAAGGUCGCCACUGCUCCAGAUGCCUCCCUACGAUCGCCGCUCACAGAUCUCACGCGACUAUAUGCUUUCGAUUUAAUUACUGCCAGUCAGGGAGAGUUUUUGAAGGGAGGUUUCAUGUCGGAAAGUCAAGCCGAAGGAGUCCGAGAUGGUAUUUAUCGAUGCCUGGAAAGGCUUCGACCAAACGCUGUCUCCUUGGUUGACAGCUGGGACUUCGACGAUGCUGAGCUCCACUCGGUUCUUGGACGUCGUGAUGGAAAUGUCUAUCCAGCUCUUCUGGAAUGGGCCCAGAAAGAGUCAGCUGAAUAA